AUGGAGCCCGGGUCCGAGUCCGGGUCCUCUCUGCAGAACGCAUCGCAGGCGGGCAACGUGAGCUGGACAGGGGCCGCAGGUCUCGGUGUGUCCGGGCGGGCCCACCUGGUCCUGGAGGUCCUGAUGGUGCUGAUGUGUUUGGGAGCUGUGACAGGUAAUAUACUCGUCAUUGUUAUCGUGGCUGCAAACAAGACUUUCCACACGGUGACGUCAGUGCUCGUCAUGAACCUGGCCGUCAGUGACCUCCUGGUGGGCGUCGGAGUGAUGCCGUUUGUUGCCUUGUCCAUCAUGAACCGUGGAUGGGUGGAUUGUGCUGGUCUCUGUCUGUACGUGGGCUACACCUCCUCCGUUUACUGCACAGCUUCUGUUCUAACUUUAGCCGCCAUCGCCCUCGACCGCUACCACUCCAUCAUGGACUGCCUGCGCUACAGCUCUCGCUGCACCCCGUGGAGGACCGGCGCUGUGGUGAUGUGGAUCUGGCUGCAGGCUCUGCUCACCAGUUGCCCCCCCCUGCUCGGCUGGGGCUCCAUCAGUUAUGUGGCGCCCGUGUACAGCUGUGCAGUCAACUGGUCCAGCAGUUCCAGCUACGCGGCUUUCACGGCCGCCCUCUCCUUCCUCGUACCCGCGGGGGUCAUCCUCUUCUGCUACGGGAACAUUGUUAAGGUUGCACGCAGCCAUGCCAGGAGGAUUCACACAUUGGAGGAAUCGGUGCAGCGCAGCAGGAAUCAAGACUCUGCCUCUUCUCCAUGUGGUUCAUCUCACCAGUGCUGCCCCUCCAGACUGAUUUAUCACAUAAGCGGAGAGUUUGUGUCUGAGAUAAGAAAGGAACAGGGGCAUUAUAUGAGCUCUGCUUUCCCUGAUUCUGCUCCAGAGAAGAAUAACUCAACAUCCAGGCGUUUCUUCACCUCCCUGUCGCAGCAUCACCAAAACCACCAAGGACUUCUGCGUUUAUUUCUGGUUAUCUCAGCCUUCUUACUCUGCUGGACGCCUUUCAUAUGUGUGGCCCUGGUUCAGGCUGCAGAAACGGCAAUUUCAGGCCAGACCAGCCUGGUCCCGCCCCCUGCCGUCACCUUUUCACACCUGCUGGUGUUGCUGAACUCUGACAUCAAUCCUCUUUUGUACGCUCUGCUCAGCAAGCGUUUCCAGUGCGCUCUGCGGGGACUGGGGCAAAAGAUCCGAGCAGGUGUUGGGAUUUUUGUCUGCAGGGGAGAGGAGGUCAGAGCAGAUGACCCCAAUACCCUCGUCACCACCCACCCUGGUCCGCCUUCCUGUUCUGAGACUCUGAACUGUGAUGAUUAUUCCUCCGUUUUUACCGUGAGCACCGACUUCAAACAUUACUCCAAGGAGCAUCAAUGCAAACUGUGUCACCACAAAGACAUCUCUCCCUCUUGUUUGAGGGAGCAAGAUGCUGCUGGAGGAUGUAAGAGGGUGGACUGCUUGCAGGUCCCCUCUCGACCACAAGAGGGCAGCAGACUACCUUUCUCUGCUCUGACCAAAAAGCGUCAGGCCACUUUCUUCUUCGGCCAGAUUGUAGUGAGAGUGGAGCAUGAUGUUUGUUAA